AUGGCAAGGAAUGGUCACGGGGCGGCGUCAUCGCAGUUGGAGGAGCCAAGGGAAAGCCUCCGCUUGCUACGCUGUGGCUUGCAGGGCUUGUGCGACCUCCCACAGCUCAACGCGCCAGAGGGGCGGAGGCUCCGGCUCCUGCACCUCCAUGGCAAUGCCUUCCGCUCCCUACGGGGCUUGGAUGCGGUGUGUCCCGCUUUGGAGGAGCUCACCGUCAGUUCCAACGACCUUCAAAACCUCGAGGGUCUCCAGGGCUUGCAGCAACUCAGGCUCCUGGACCUCUCGUGCAACUGCCUCUCCAACCUCGACGGCCUCGGGAAGCUACGACGCUUGCAGGAGCUCCGGGUGGCCUACAACCAGAUCAGCCAUUUGGAGCCUUUGGCGGCGCUACGCCCUGGCAGUCAGCUCAAGUUGUUGGACUUGCGCGACAAUGCUGUGGCGCACCUGGGGCAGUUGCUGUUCCUGGGUGGCCUCCCUUUGGAGGAUCUACGUUUCCAAGCUGCAGGAGGACAGCGGGGCAACCCGAUCUGCCGGCUGCCAGGCUACCGCUCCGCGGUCUUCUCUGCAGCUCCAGACCUGCAGUGUUUGGACGAAGAGGUUGUGGGAAGCGAGGAACGAAGCAGUUUACUCCAGCCAGUGGCAGUUCUGCCUCCGUGGCCAGAGACGAAGCUCCCCACCCUCCAGGCAGAGGAAGGUGAGGCGGCAGAGGCGGCACAGCGCGAGCUGCGUGAGCAACUGCUGCGCUUACGACACGAGCACCACGAGCAGCUCGAGGCACUGGCUGCGGCACGUCGGACUGAGUUGGCCUCCAGCUCAGAGGAGUUGACGCGGACAAGGCCCGGUGUGAGUCAGCAGGUGCAGCAAGAACUACGACUGGUGGCCACUGAAGCGCGGCGACGGCAGGUGAUGAACCGAGAGCUCAAAGACAAGCUCUCACAGACGCAAAAGCUGCUGCACGAAAGCAAGGCAUCGCAGCAGCGCCUCCGACUGCGGCGGGAAGAGCUGCAGCUCUCCGCGGUGUCAGGGCGACUCCGGCGCCAAGAGGCGAUCUUGGAGGCUUCCGCCUUUGAAGACGAAGCUCAAGUGGCCCAGCGCCUGCAGGACGAGUCGCUGGCGGCGCUGCAACAGGAGUACAUGGACACCGACCAGCUUCUCUCGGAGCUGCACAGCGAGACUCGUGCGUUGGCCUUGUCCAAGGCUGAGCUCUACGCCUGGCAGACGCGGAAGCGAACACGAGACCAGCAGCUGAAAGUGCUCCAGCAGGAGCUCUCUGCGAUGGAGGGCGGCCGCGAAGCACAGCUGAAGAGCAGCCGCGCCAGGCAGGCAAACGGUGCCUUCGGAGUGCAGCGAAGCGGUGUGGUCAUAGGCCGAGGCCGCUCGGCGCCUGCAGGGAGAGAUCGCCUCGUGCGAAGCUCGGGUGCGUGGCAUGGAGGCGAAGGCCGACCACGCCAGGCUCAAAGCAAUCAAUUUUGGCCCCUAGCAGUUGGCCAGUUGGGCGGGCCCUGCGACUCGAUCGUGCGACUCACGAAGAACUACGGUUGCGAUUUCAGGUGCCCAUCUGAGCUGAACCGCCCUAAACUUGGGCGGCGCUUCAAAGGGCUCCGUGUGACACUGGUCAAAGACCAGGGUGUGCGGGGCUUGUUGCAGCGGCGGGGGAUGCCGCAGCUCCCACUGAGGCCCGAUUCGAAUAAACCUUCUCCCGAAGGGCAGGAAGGUCUUGAGCAAUACGACCUCAAGGAACUCAUCGGCCGCGGCUCCUCGGGACGAGUCUUCCGCGCCGUCCGCAAGGCCGACCAGCUGCAGGUGGCGAUCAAGCUCAUGGGAGAGGAGGCUGUGGCCACCCACCGGGAGUUUGAGAUUAUGCAAGCGAUCAGCCAUCCAAACUUGAUCCGAGCGCUCGACUUCUUUCAGUACAACUGUGGUGCAGCCUUGGUUUUAACCUAUGUCCCAGGCGGCACCUUGACCCAGGCCGUGAAGGAGGGCGCGGGAUUCCUGGCCGAAGGCAAGGCCAAGCAUCUCUUUCGGCUGCUGCUGGAGGCCGUGAGCUACCUUCAUCAACAUCGGAUCGUCCACAGCGACGUGAAGUCCGACAACGUGCUGAUUUCGCCCGAUUUGGCCACUUUGCACCUCACUGACUUCGGCUCCUCCCGCACUCUCCGCGCAGGCGACCAGCCGCUGACCUCGACGACGAUCGACUUCUCAGCGCCGGAAGUUUUAGCUGGGGAAGAACCAACAGAGAAGCACGAUGUCUGGGGCGCUGGCCUUUGCUUAUAUUACAUGCUCACAGGACGUCUUCCCCGGAGCAUCAUCCGAUUUACGUGCUUUGAAGAUUUCUGCGACGCCGUCCAGUCGUCCGCCAUCAGCUGCAGCGGCCCACAUUGGCGAGCAGUCUCCGACGACUGCAAGGCCACAGUGCGGUACUGCUUGGCGCUGGAGAAGGGGCAGAGACCGGCUGCCAUGGUGAUCUUGCAGAUGAGUUGGCUCCGUCGUGGCGACGAGGCCCUCCGCCGUGCCAGUGCCCCAGCGCGGCCGCAGCGGCGAGUCCCGUUGACAUCGAGUGGCGGUGAGAUGGCACCGGAGGGCGAGCCGGGCGAGCACGGCGCUGGGGCCAUGUCCAUCGACACCGGCAGCUUCCGAAACAGCAAGGCUGUUUUUGCUAAGCGUUUCCUCGAGGAGGAGAUCCAGCGAGCGACGGGCGAAUGGGAGGACCUUCAGCGUCAGCGGAAGCUGCAGGAGCAAGAGCAGGAGGGGCAGGUGAUGGCUGUGGAGCAACGGAUCAAAGCUCGGCACGGCGCGAUGCUCCGGGAGGGUCAGCGGCUGCAGGAGGAGAUGCGGCAGCUGCGCGUACGCUCCAUGGGGGAGGAGUGCUCCUUGCAAGAAGCAGCGCUGAAAGCGCAGGAGUCCCAACAGGAGGAAAUGCUCUUGGCAGAAGCGCUUCGGACAGCGAAAGCCGCAGAAGUUGAGGUUCAGGCCCAACUGCGACAGGAGGAUGAAGCCUUCGGGAACGCUCAAGUGCAGAUGAGGACCAUGGAGGCGGAGUGCCAUCAAGAAGAGAAACAGCUCGCAGAACUUCAGGCCUCCGUGCGCUCAGACUACGUCCCGGCGCAACUCUUCAAGGAAGAGGAAGAGUUCCUCGCUCACCUGCGGCAGGAGCGCCAGGAAGCCUUCGAGGGUCUCCUGUCUGCCACACGAGAGGAGGACGAGGCCUCCAAGAGCUUGAGGGACUCUUCUCCAGAGAGGCCCAGCAGCGAAAACGACGAUAUUUGGGACUAGGAACAAGGACACUUCUAGGAACAAAGGGCAUCACUACUAGUAGGAAGGACGCUACUAGGGGCUCCUGGCCUAAACCCACUCCUACUUCAAUUAAGUAAGGAGGUAAAGACGCUACGAAGCUACUAGUAGCUGGAAGGAGAGCUCACAAGCUUCCUUAAAGAAGG